CUUAAAGUUCCUGGGGUCGAGAAAACACAAGAUCUGAUUCACAAAACGAGGGAGAAGCCGGGAUCUUUUCGGGGACUUGCAACGCUUAACCAAUCGCACAAUCAAGCCAGGAACAUUGCCCAUUCCUUCCGAAAGCCAGAAUUGUGAGAGCUCUUCAUUCCCAAACUGACAUUAGAGAAUCUUGACAUGCUCCAGGCAAAUAUUUUUAAAGAUCUAUAUUGAAGUUGGGAAGACAUUGACCUAGAGGGAAAAGGACACAUGGUUUUCCUCAGCUGGAGAAGAUUGCUACACUUUUGUGGUAGGGCCAGCUUUAGAAAAGACUUGAAGCAGAAACAAAACGGCUGCUUGGUUUGGAGGUGCUAUCGUGGAGGAAUUUCAGGAAGACAUGUAGAUCCUGAGCUGAGAACGUUUCUAGAGCAGAAUACUGAAAUCAUUGACAGUGGGAACCUGACCCCAGAAAUAAGAUUACGUCUUCUGACCCCUAAUUGCAGGUUUUGGCAUGACAAAGCUGCUUUGUGGCCCUAUGGGGAGCCCUACUGGGCAAUGUACUGGCCAGGAGGCCAAGGAUUAUCCAGAUACCUUCUUGAUAAUCCAAAAAUGGUCCAGAAAAAGAAAGUUCUGGAUCUAGGAAGUGGUUGUGGAGCAACAGCUAUUGCAGCUACACUAAGUGGAGCAUCACAAGUUGUUGCAAAUGAUGUUGAUCCUGUUGCAGCUGCUGCCAUGGUGCUUAACUGUGAACUGAACAACAUAGAUCCCAUCCCUGUCUUAACAGAGAACCUGAUUGGUACAGAUAUAGGCAAGUGGGACCUUAUUGUCUUAGGGGACAUGUUUUACAGUGAAGAACUUGCAGACAGCCUCUCUGAAUGGUUGAAGAAGUGCAUCCAGGAUGAUAAGACUGAGCUGCUGAUUGGGGAUCCUGGCAGACCCUAUUUUGUGACCAACCAAAUUCAGAGAAUGUUGCACAAAGUUAGUGAAUAUGCUCUCCCUAAAUCAUCAUCGGAAGAAUACAACGGUUCAACCAAAACUAUUAUCUGGAAUUAUCAGCCUUAAUUUUUCAAAAGUCUUGGAAGUUAGUUGAUGUUAAUUUGAAUCUCUUGAAUUCCAGUUCUCAUACAGAGAUUUUAGCCUCUAUUACUAUGUACAUUCUAGUAUGUUUAAAACAUUUUAUUUGCAGCCAUAUUAGAGACAACAGUAUGAAAAACUUUGCCUGUGGUUGAAAAUGCAUUAUUUGAAAAAUAUACACAAUACUGCUUAUGCAAAUUAAAAUAAUUUUUAUUUGUAGAGGGUGGCCUAUCAACAGCAGUUCUAUAUCCAAUUAAACUUCUCAAUUCACGCACUAUACCCAAUAGCUAGUUGUUGGUACUGGAUAGUCAGUGGAUGAUCCAUCUAAGAAGGUGGGAAACCUUGGGACAGUUUACUGUAUUUUGAUCUCAGGAACAUUGUCCUCUUUUGAUACUAUUCUAUAAUACAUGUAUCUAUGAGAAUAAAUGUUUGAUCUUUGAUUGUUGGUUCUUAUCUAUCAUGUCUGGUCAAUUUGAUGUUAUAUCCUGGUCUGAAAUGGAAUAUCAUCUUAUCCAUUCUGGAAUGACUUUGAGUGUUACUCACGUUUGCAAACAAGUGGAUCUUUUUGGCUUGACUUCUAUUAAGCUAAUUAUUAUACAGAAGCAAUUACUGAAUAUGUUCAAAAAGACUGCUUUCUGCUUCAACACAACUAUUCACGUAGAUUUGAUCAAACUUUGCAUUUUCUAUGUUUCGUCUCACUUUACUCCACAUACUGUCCUAAAGAGUGCUGGGUGGGAAUUCUUAAAAGUUGUGUUACAUUAUUUGAUUAUGAAGAAUGACAAAAUCCCUAUUCAACAAUAAUUAGUAGCAAUGCAUGAUAAAGAGAAAGAGUAGAAGAUUACUAUAUCUAUCUAAAGAUAAAGGUUCCCCUUGCACAUACGUGCUACUCAUUUCUGACUCUAGGGGGCAGUGCUCAUCUCCGUUUCAAAACCGAAGAGCCAGCAUUGUCUAAAGACAUCUCCGUGGUCAUGUGGCCGGCAUGUCUCAACACCAAAGGCGCAUGGAACGCUGUUAUCUUCCCACCAAAGAUAGUCCCUAUUUUUUCUACUUGCAUUUUUUACGUGCUUUCGAACUGCUAGGUUGGCAGAAGCUGGGAAAAGUCACGGGAGCUCACCCCGUUACGCGGCACUAGGGAUUCGAACCACUGAACUGCCAACCUUUCGAUCGACAAGCUCAAUGUCUUAGCCACUGAGCCACCAUGUCCUUAUCUAGAGAAUGUCAAAAUCCAUACUGAUCAAUAUUUUUCUUAUUACUAAAGACAAUGAUAAUAUCUUAAUGGGAUAU